AGGUUUCCAACCAUGUCCGAGAACGAAGUCGAGGCGGAAGAAGAGAUUGAGGAGGAAGAAGGUGAAGAAGACGCCGAGGAAGAUGGACAUCCAGCCGAAGACGAAACGCCAAGAACCCGACCUACGCAAGAAGAGGAGAAAGCUCCUGCAGAAAGAACGGAAGCGGAACGUGCCAUGCUUGCUGCCAAAGAACGUCAUGACAAAGAAGAAGCAGUAAGAAUGCAAGAAUAUGAAGAGAAACGUCGAGCUGAAAGAGAGAGAAUAGAUGAGGAACUGCGUGAAUUGAAAGAAAAGCAAGAAAAGAGACGUCUUGAGCGUGAGGAGGAUGAAAGGCAAUAUGCCGAACGCCGUCGUCAAGACGAGGAACGCAUGAGAAAAGAGGAGGAAGAGCGGAAAGCUCGAAUUGACGCGGAAAGAAGUCGUAAAAGUAUGGAGCGGGUUCGUCGUCAGCAAAUGAUGGCAGGGUCUUUUGAUGCGCAUCAUGGGCAGUCGGGUAAGAAAAACUAUACAGUUACGAAAAGCGAUCAAGCCGCCCAAUUUGGAAAUCUCACUCAGGGUAAAAGCGAGGAGCGUGUAAGUAAGGAGCAACAGGAGGAGACGAAACGUGCGUUCUUGGCGGCUGUAUGCCGUCCUUUUGAUGUCUCCCAUCUUCUCCCAAAAGAUUUGAAAGAGCGAAUCAAAAGUCUCCAUGCUCGCAUCGUCAAAUUGGAAAGUGAAAAGUACGAUUUAGAGAAACGUCUUGAGAGGCAGCAGUACGAUAUAAGGGAGCUUCAUGAACGACAGCUACAGGUUGCGCGAAAUAAAGCCAUACAGAGAGGUCUUGACCCUGACGAAGCCGUCUCAUCUAAACAUCCACCAAAAAUUACCACCGCCUCAAAAUUUGAUCGUCAAACGGAUAGAAGAUCUUAUGGUGAUCGUCGUCACAUGUUUGAACACCCGGUUGUGCAAAAACCUUUCACGCUUGCUCGUGGAACAGCUCGUCCUCCAAGCGAAUGGGGCCGUAAGGAGAAUGAAGAACUCGAAGCACUUCGCAGAAAUCUUGAACCACCCAAGUACGUGGAGCUAGCCCCCGUCGAAGGUAAUCUCGCAAAACCACCGGUCGCUCCAAGACCUCUGGUGCUUCCGGAACAGGACUUUGUCGAAGAAGCAACGCAACCCAGUGACUCAAUUGAGCAAGCACAGGAGUCUACCGCAGAAGAAGUGCCGCCGGAAGCAGCAACCUCAGCAACGAAGGAAGCAGGAGCUCCAGCAAAGCAAGUUGCUGCUUAGGAUAUCAAACGCUCAGGAGCGUCAUUUUUUGCUUACAAUAGUGAUUGAAAGACGAGUUUUGUGCAUAUGUGCUUGCCUCCUUGUUCACAUGAAGAGUUAAGUUUCUCAAUGUUUGUGUGACCUGUAAAUCACGAUAUAGGCAGCAUUUUGCGAAAUCAUUGUCAAUGUUUUGCUUUUUGCCGUUUUCGAAGACUUAAAUAAAAAUUACAGCC